AUGGGCGAGCUCUCCGAUUACCUGGUCCAGCACGACGCCAACUUCCGCAAGGCUCGACUUCCCGCGCUGUACUCCGACUUCCGCUCGCAAAAGACGUUGAAUCCGGACGGCUACCAUGCAAACAUCUCCGCUUGGCUGGCAGCCCUGGCGCGGCUAGCAUCUGAAGGACUAUUAUCCCGCCAGGGUUCCAAAUCUAGUGCCCUCGUGCUUGAUCUUGACGAAUCACUACGACGGUCGCUAGAUAGCAAGCAGUUUGGCCAACCGAUGGCGCUGGGCACUGUGAUGAACGAAGCGCUGGCGCAAAAGGAUCUGAUUCCACUUCAGAGCUUCCUGCAAUCGAACCACAACAUAUACCAGCAGAGCUGGUCACAGGUGCCGUGGAAUGUGAUGGGAUGGACCUUUCGUCAGCUAGGAGUCAUAGAUCCCACUCGAGGUGAAGACAAGAUACCCAAGGGCAACUAUGUUGUUAUGAAGAAUGUAGAAACAGCCAGCCGGGAGCUAGGAGAGAAGAUCGCCGAGAAAGCACCAAGAUUCGACCGAGUCUUCACAAGAGCCCAGUUCCAAGCAUUAUUCACAUCAGUUCUGGCUAAGGAACAGCGGCUGUCCGAUACGGAUACUGACGUAUUGCUAAAGUUCCUCUCUCGAGAUAAAGACAUGAUAGAAUACGAUGGUCACACCGUUCGUAUCCGUGAGAGUGGUGAAGCAAGAGGGAUUACUGAAGAGGAUUCCUCUAUCGCAUCUAUAAAGGAGCUAGCAAGCAGCUUGGAGCACCAGAUUGACCUUCUCAAUGAGCGUAUUGAUGAGCUAGCGCAGGAGGCAAAGAAUGCCGUCUUGCGCAAAAACCGUGUCGCUGCCUUGGCAGCGCUCAAGUCGAAGAAGCGGGCCGAAUCUUCCUUAUCUACACGCUACGCAACUCUCCAUCAGCUAGAGGAGGUGGCUUCGAAACUACAGCAGGCGUCCGACCAGGUCCAGUUGGUAAAGGUUAUGGAGUCAUCUGCUGGUGCGCUGAAGAGCUUGAAUGCCCAAAUUGGUGGCGUGGACAGGGUUGAAAGCACCAUGGAUAUUCUCAGAGAACAAAUGAGUGCAACAGAUGAAAUCACUGCCAUAUUGGCAGAGCCCACGGGCACGAUUGUUGACGAAGGAGAGAUAGACGAGGAGCUUGAAGCUAUGGAGGAGGAAGAAAGGGCGAAGGAGGAAGAGAAGCAGCGCCGCAGGGAGGCGGCCAAAGAAGCUGCCAAGGCUAUGAAAGAGCUGGAUGAACUUCCAUCUGUUCCUACAGGAGAUGCUCCUGAGAUAGUAGAGCCCAGUUCACCAACCAAAGAAACGGGCAUUGGCAGGCUAACGCUAGGCAGUUGA